UGCCGAGAAGAUCAUCAGAGCGCAGUGCAGUUGGGGCAAUAGAGUGUGAAGUGCAUAGGCAGUAAGAAAUGGAGCUUCAGGCCAGGUGCUUCUUCGUCGUUGCGAUGCUCCUGAUCGCCGGCCUAGCGGGGCUGAAGACGGCGCACGGCGCGGGGGAGUGCGGCCGCGUGCCCGCGGACAAGGUGGCGCUCAAGCUCGCACCGUGCGCGGCGGCCACGCAGAACCCGCGCGCCGCGGUGCCGCCCAGCUGCUGCGCGCAGGUGCGCGCCAUCGGGCGCAACCCCAAGUGCCUGUGCGCCGUCAUGCUGUCCGACACCGCGCGGAAGGCCGGCGUCAACCCCGCCGUGGCCAUGACCAUCCCCAAGCGCUGCGCCAUCGGCAACCGCCCCAUCGGCUACAAAUGCGGCCCAUAUACCCUGCCGUGAGGAGAAGCGAAGUGAUGGCACCGGAAGGGCUCCAAACUCUGACCAUCCAACAUGAAGACCUGCCGUAAUAUGCUGUGAUCUUUGUCAUGUGGAACUUUUCGUGGAUCCUCUGAAUAAUGUGGCUGUAAUCCCUGAGCUUUGGAAUAAAGUACUUUUCUGAAUUCAAUAAUAAUGUAAAAUGUAAUCGACAAGAACAGUUUCCGAAUUUCUGUCAAAUUCCAGCAGUAAAGGUGUAGUACAAUGUUAAGUGAUCUCCGCUUCUCCAGCAUUUUUGCUUUGGAGCGACGAUCCAAUUGUACAAGGAACAUGUGACUCUAAGGAGUCAGAUACCAAGCCGCCCUUAUUACUGGCAGAAUGGACAUGGAACCUUUUAUGCAACCUAA